AUGGUUAUCCAUGCCAUCAUGCAUGGGCAUGCAUUGCUGAAAGAAUCAAGGUAUAGGGUUGAAGAUUAUGUGGACUCUUAUUACAAAAAUGAAACAUAUUUGAAGGUUUAUAACUACAUGAUACAUGUUGUACCUGGACCCAAUGAUUAUAUCAAAAAAAUUUAUGAGCCACUUGGUGCUCCAAAGUACAAAAGGAAGGGUGGAAGACCAACAAAAUUGAGAAGGAAAAAACCAGAUGAGGUUCAUAGGACUUCUUACAGAAAGGUUUCCAAGUUGCUCGAUCCGGGACACACCAGCGUAAAAGAUUACAUUGACAAAACUCGCAAGAAUAAUACAACUUACCUGUUGAGAUAUUUGGUUGUAAUAGAUGAUAUUUGGAGUGUUGAUGCAUGGGAUAAAGUGAAUCUCUUCUUUCCAGAAAAUGGUCAAGGAAGCAGAAUAAUGAUAACCACUAGGCUAUCAAACGCUACUUCGAUUAGCUCUCAUGGCCUUGUGAUGAAUUUCUUAAAUGAGGAUAAGAUUUGGGAUCUACUGUGCAGAUAUGUAUUUGAAGAAGAAGAAGAUUGCCCUCCUGAAUUGGAGAAAAUAGGAAAGAAGAUUGCCAAAAUUUCCGAAGGACUUCCUUUGUCUAUAGUUGUGAUUGGAGGACAUCUAGCGAAGUCUAAGCGCACAAGAGAGCAUUGGGAAUAUAUUUCAGAAAACAUAAACACAAUUGUCAAUUUUAAAGACGAUGAACGUUGCUUAAAAGUAUUACAAUUGAGUUAUAAUCAUUUGCCGGUACAUCGAAAACCAUGUUUUCUUUAUAUGGGAGUUUUUCCCGAGGACACAAAGAUCCGUGUCUCGUGGCUCGUAAAACUAUGGGUUUCUGAAGGAUUUGUGAAACCAAUAAACGACAAAAGCUUGGACGUGGUUUCGAAAGAGUACUUGCAGGAGCUCUGUGAUAGAAACCUGAUUUUAGUACAUAAAAGGGGGUCUUAUGGAAAUAUCAAGUUUUGCAGUAUCCAUUAUCUCUUGACGGAUUUAUGCUUGAGAGAAGCUGAGAGAGAAGUUCUUUUAUGUCACAAGAUUGCAUGA